AUGCGGCUAACAGCCGAUCUUAUCAACAACUCCCUCUCAUAUCUAAACCCACUCAAAGAGCGCGAGCUCGACCUCCGAGGCCACAAAAUCCCCACGAUUGAGAACCUGGGCGUCGCGGGCCCGCAAGAUGCGAUCGACUUCACCGACAACGACAUCACCACCUUGGCCGGGUUCCCCCUUUCUCCGCGCCUCAACACCCUACUCUGCGCCAGAAAUCGCAUCCAGGCUGUCGACAGGCGCGUCGCCGAGCAGAUCCCGAACCUCACGACCUUGGUCCUCACGGCGAAUCGUGUCAAAGAGCUGGGUGAUGUCGAGGGCCUCAGUCGGUGUCAUGCACUGGUGCAUUUGAGCUUACUGGAGAAUCCGGUCACGAGGAAGGAGCACUACAGACUCUACCUGAUCUGGUCGAUACCGUCACUCCGGUUCUUAGAUUUUCAACGCGUACGAGAUGCCGAGCGACAGAAGGCGAAAGAACUCUUUGGAACGGCGGCAGAGCCGACGGAACUGGCGUCCAAGAUCAAAGGGGCCAAAACGCGGUCAUUUGACGUUGGGGCUGCCAGUGGUGGCGCCGCAACGACGGGGACUGCAAAUGGAAAAGACGAGACCGGUGGGCGAAAUGGUGUGCGCACGCAGUUGACCGACUCGGAGAAGAAGCGCGUGCAGGAGAUGAUCAAGAAUGCGAAGAGUUUGGCUGAUAUUACGCGCAUCGAGAAGGAUCUCGCGGAAGGUAGGAUCCCUGCUGGUGCCGCGGAUGCGGAUCGUAUGGUAUCGUGA